CCUUCACCGCCUUUAAUUUAGCUCUCUCGUCUUGUUUCUUAGUUUUUUUCUUAUCAUCUUCGAUUGAAAUAUUGAACUACUCUGAACUUUGACAUGGGGGAAGCUACAGAAAUACAACUCCAGAUCCUGGCAGACGAGAACAAAUUAGAUGAAAAUUCAGCUGAGCGGAAAACAAAUGGAAUCAUGAGCCAGUCAAAAAGAAGCUACAAAUGGUGGCUCCUAGUGGCAAUCUAUACACUUUUUCUCCUCGCCGGUCAGUCAACGGCCACUCUUCUCGGAAGGUUGUACUACGACAAAGGUGGAAACAGCAAGUGGCUGGCAACCUUAGUUCAAGUUGCCGGUUUCCCGAUCCUCAUUCCCUUGUAUUACCUUUCAUCAUACAAAUCUUCAAACCACAACACAAACAACAGCAACAUCAUCAUCAUAAACCCACCGUCUGUUCUCCUUCUUUCGGGCAUGUAUUCUGGACUUGGAGUUCUAUUAGCAGCCGAUUGCCUGUUGUAUUCAGUUGGUCUUUUAUAUCUCUCGGUCUCCACUUAUUCAAUCAUUUGUGCUUCCCAAUUAGCCUUCAAUGCCUUGUUUUCGUUCUUCCUUAACUCACAAAAGUUCACCCCUUUCAUAAUCAACUCUCUAGUUCUCUUAACAAUCUCUUCAGCCCUUCUCGUAUUCCAAAACGAUUCCUCCGGUUCCACAUCGGUUUCCAAAGGGAAAUACGUGAUCGGAUUUGUAUGUACAGUAGCUGCGUCUGCGGGGUACGGAUUAAUGAUGUCCCUAACUCAAUUUUGUUUCCAAAAGAUUCUGAAAAAGGAAACCUUUAAGAUCGUGUUGGACAUGAUAGUCUACCAGUCGUUGGUUGCAACUUUGGUGAUCUUUGUGGGGCUUUUCAUCAGUGGGGAGUCGGGAAAUUUGGGCAGAGAAAUGGAAGGGUUUAAGAUGGGGAAGUCAUCGUACGUGAACGUGCUGGUUUGUAUAGCCAUAGGGUGGCAAGUUUUCUCGAUCGGUGCGGUGGGUUUGAUAAUGGAAGCGUCUUCGCUUUUCUCGAAUGUCAUCGGCACGUUGGGGCUGCCUAUUGUUCCAGUGUUUGCAAUGGUGUUUUUCCACGAUCCCAUGACCGGGAUUAAGGUCAUUUCUAUGGUGUUGGCCAUUUGGGGAUUUGUUUCCUAUGUUUAUCAGCACUAUCUCGAUGAUCGGAAAUCUGAGACUGGAAGGGUUUAAACAAAAAUUGUCAUGAAAUUGUACUGUUUAUCAUUCACAAAGAUAUAUAAUGAACUAGAUUCCCUGUAUUCAUGCCGAUA